AUGGCUGGCCUUGAACUCCUGACUAUUGACGAUAUUGUGACGGUUUCUCCUCAUACCAAACUUCUUGUUUCUACUAUUUCGGAAAAUGCUAACAAAGUGGGCGAAUGCGUAAAGCAGUUGCGGGAUAGUUUUCAGGCAGUUUGUCGCUGUGAGUCACAGCUAGCUGCUGCAUACAGAGAGCUCUCUUCACUUUUGAGAGACAUGAUUACUCAGAGGUAUACUUUUUGUUCAGAUGAAGAAAUGAGACAACUAGGAUUUCAGUUUUCUAGCUUUUUGGAUGAGCUUGGCUUGUUACACGAAGGUUACGGGGAUGAGCUUAGAAAUAAUUUGGUGGACAAACUCCAGGAUUUCCUCUCCGGUGUCUUUGACAAACUCCCUAAAGAGUCAGAAGAUAUGGAAAACUGUGAGAAGCUUCGCGAGCAAGCCUUCCAAAAUUUUAUGAAACUGCCGAAGAAAUGCUCCCCGAAGAUCCAUCAAAAUUGUGUUUUGGAGGUUACUUCUACUCGUCGAAAAUUCGCAUGUAUGGCUGCGCGCUAUUAUGGUCACCUGAAUGAAGCCGAACAAAUUCGAGAUCUUGCACCGCUUAUUUCUAUUCAAACGUUCAUAGCAGAGCAAAAGAAUCAUAUACAAACUGCAUAUAAUUUGUUUAAUCAAGAUAUUGUCAAUUCAUUCAUUGAGAUGGCUGAACAGUCUCUACAAAAGUACAUUGGUUCGUUUGAAGAUGUAAGAAGAAAGUCUCUUAUUAAUUACAGUUCAGUUGAACAUAAAUCUCUGAGUUACUUUUGUCCAGAACCUUGGAUUUUAAAUGGAUCACCUAAUCAAGAAUAUAAUGCUUCUACUGAACCACGUGAACCGAAUAAGAAAUUGCUGACAAAAUCUGGUUGUCUGUUAAUGCGUACUCGGGCUAAUUUAGUCUGGAAAUGGAUAGAAGUUUAUUGUCUUACACAGAAUGGAAAUCUUAUGUAUCAACAGUAUGGUGAUAUUGCUGCCAGUUUACUGUUUGACUUGAAUCAAAAAGGAGUCUAUGCUGAGGCUACUGAUGCUGAUGAUCGACGAAAUGUUUUUCAGGUUAUAUCGCCUACAGAACGAAAAACUGUGCUUCUUCAAGCAGAAAGUGAAACUGAACGAGACGAGUGGAUUAGUACAAUUAUGAAUAUGAUUUUUCAUACAAAUCGUUUGGAAGACCUACCGGUUGUUACACAACAACAACAACAGCAAUACUCUAAAAAGACUCAAGAUGCACAAAAGGUUGACAUUAUCUCGAUUGGUGAUGAUAAUCGUGGAGGCGGUGUUGGUGACGUUAACAUUGAUGUUAUGGAUUCCUUAAAUCCUGUUGAACAUGAUCUUACCUAUAUUGAUUGGUUUUCUAAUUAUCUACCUCAAAUCCAUUUUGAUUUAAAUCCAAUAAAUGAUGAAUUGACCAAUGUAUUAACUAAUGAAUUAUUGUGCACAAUUGAUAAAGACAAGUCAGAGGAACAGAUAUUACAAUCAACACAGACAAUAGAUAAUAAUGCGGAUAAUGCAACGAUAGCUACUAACGAUGAUGCAAACAGUCAAAGCGUUGAAGCGAAUACUAGUGGUGAUCAUAACACUACUAAUGUAAUAAAUCAAGCAAAUGUUCACAAUACAACUUCAAAUGAAUUAACUCAUAAGCUUAAGCUGUUUAAUAUGUUUCCGUGUGAAUUUUUGGGUGCUGUCGACUUGCCUAUGGAUCAUUUUCCAACGAAUCAAUUCAAUGAUAUUUUCACUUAUGUGCUAUCAUGUCGUUCAGCGUCUGAUUCACCUUUGCCUAUUCCUUGUAAAAUUACAAUUACUACAAGUGAUCUAUGGGUUUUAUCUAAUCAAGACAUAAAUAAUGUUGAUGUUAAUAAUGCUGAGUCUAUAAAAGAAGGAGAAAAGGAGAAGAUAAAAAAUGGGAUAUCGUGGAAUAAUCAUCCGGAUAACCAAAAACUUGGAUGUUUAGUUGUUCAAGGACCAUUGAAUGAUAUUGUAAAAUUCUCAAAUAAUAAUGGAUGUAUUGGAUUUACAUUUGAAUCAGAAGUUAAUCAGUCAAUAAUUGAGUGUCUUUUAGCAGCUGAGUUUAAUCGACUGGAUAAACUACAAGAUGAAAAAGAUCAUUUGGAACGUGGUCUUUUAACUUCGAGUAUUGCACAAAUUUCAAACAAUACCUUACCUGAAAUUAACAUUGGAUCGUCCAAUACUAACAUACUUUUACUUUCAAAUAACCACUUGCAACGAUUUGGUACACGCCAAUAA